GUGUCCGUGCCGACAAGAACUCCCAGUGCCGUGGUAAGCAGGUUGUCUAGGGCAACCACAUCAAGUGAGCAUGGCUAUCUUGAUAUUCGGGCGCCGGUGCGUGCGGCUGUGCUGCGUUGCAGUGGUUCUUCUGGCGGGGCAGAGGCACGCGGCAUUGGGCGACGCUGUUGCCUCGGCGGAAGCCGUGGAUUCUUCGAAGGAUGCGGAUGCAGUCGGCGUGGCCCCCGAGAAGAUCUCGGAGGCGUGCGUGGACCCGACACCGACGCUCGAGGCCCUCGAGCUGGCCAAGGCCACCGUUCAGGGCGAGCUCGACGACUGCGAGGCCAAGCGACUCGGGCUUGACCGCCUCAUGAAAGGACUGGAGGCCACGGUCGAGAAGCAGUCCCAGGUGCUAGACGCGGCCGGCGGAGAGAAGGGCAUCCGGGAGCUAAGGGAAGCGGCCUCCGCGGCGGGAGACGCAACCACCCUCCUGCAGCAGGCGCGGGCGGAGGCGGCAGCGGCCAGGGAGGAUGCGGAGGCGGCUAGGGGGGAGGUCGAGGCUGCGAAGCAUGAGGCUGAGGCGGCGAAGGAAGACGGGGCGAACGCCGGCAGCGAGGCGGCCGCCGCUAGGGAAAGGGCGGCGCAGAUGGCGGCAGAGAAGGAAGCUUUGCAGAGCAAGCUCGACGCCGCGGACAAGGAGCUGGAGACUCUGAGGAAAAACCUUACCAGGGCGGAAGCUAAGGAGUCGAAGGCGAGAGAGGAGCACGACAGACACGCGCAAGAGAUGCGGGGGAAGCUUGAGAGGACGGCCUCGGAGCUGGAGCUUGCGAGGAAGCCCCGCGUGGUAAGCAUGACGGCCAUCUGCGCCGACGUGAAGGAGCUGGGCAACAACCUGGUAGAGCAGAGCAAGGACGCCCGGGAUGACAUCGUCAAGCGGGCUUCGGAGAAGUUGGAGAUGGCGAGAGUAGUCGUGCAUCCCCACUACGAGUCUGCGGUCGAGGCCUCCAAACCGGUGGUCAAGAAGGCCAUGGAGUUCACGGAGCCACACCGUAAGAAGGCCGGGGAGGUGCUGGCUGUGUACCGGGGAAAGUUCGACGAGAGCGUGGGGGCGCCGGCUGCAGAGAAAUGGUCGAGCGGGAAAGCGAAGAUUUCCGAGGCUUGGCAGGCGGCACAGACCAAGAGCGAUGAGUCGGCAGCGUGGAUUGUGUCGGUUCUGGUGAGGUGGGGAAUGCCCGACCAAGAGGCGGAAAAGACGUGCCGGUACGUCAACAACCUUUUGUUGGCGAUGGUGGUCGUGGCGCUGGUUGUCUACUUUGGGGGAAGCACCGUGAAGUACUUCAUCUGGCCAGUGCUGCGCACCGUCUUGCGCCUCGCCCUGUGGGUGCUGGUCCUGCCGCUCCGCAUCCUCAUCCUCCCGGUCCGCCUGGUGUUGUGGGUGUUGCUCAAGUGCUUCCGGCUGGUUUUCGGCGGGCGGGGUGCCGGCAACGCCGCCCCGCCCGCCGCCGCGGCGAAGGGCGCGACAAGACAGUCAAAGAAGAGGAGAUGAAGCUCUCCAUCGCGUGCCGCUUGUCACCCGCGACGCCGCCGCCUGCGACACGCGCACGUCCCCAGAGGGGGGGCCGAGUGAAUUUUUGACGUCCAAGACGACGAUCGAAAAAAAUUAAACCCCGAGGCGGUUUCUAAAGGAAACGGCCAUUUUUUUCGGAGUUGGGAAUGGGAACCGGCGGCAGUAUGAGGCGGCCGCGUCCAGGAAUGUUGCAGCGGCGGAACCCCACUUUUCAGAUUGGCCACAUUGUUUUGAAAAGGAACUUCGGCCCUGGGUGGAAAGUCCCUGGUCUACCGAUAACGUCACCUUUCGGAACGUCACCUUUCGGGAAAACAACGUAUAAGACAAAUUGCCUCUUGGCCUAAUGUAAUUCUCGUGGGGAGUACUUUUUGUUUUGCGACGAAUCACGGAGUAGUUUCAAUCGUGGGCGGUCGGUCCUUCGGGGGAUGUUAUUUUGUUUCCCCAACAGUUUGGAGCCUUUCCCUGUUGCUGGCACACGGUAUCUUGUAGUGCUUUUGGGACGAACGGGGGUGGUGUGUGGGCGUUGGAGCGGAGGGUGAGCACGCCAAACGAGGCAAGCCUCUCGUGAGCGACGGCCCUUUGUGCGGAAGACCAGGAGGGAACGGACGACUCGGCGAGUUGGACGAACAUGCCUGUGUCUUGCGGGGUGUCUGUGAGAACAAUAGUGGGCUCGUGCGGUGUCGCCGCGAGGUUAACGCCCAUCGCAAGGUAUUUUAUUUCGUUUUUGUUCAUGCUCGAUCCAGCGCCGUGAUGUUAAGCUUAAACGGUUGUUGGCAGCAUCAUUGUCUUUGACUGGCAGUCUCUUCACUCUGUCGUCUUUCGUCCGAGGUGUGGAGUAGGAGCAGCUGGAGUGACGGUGUCUUCAUUCUCAAACCACGCCGUGGGUGAAUGAAGAGCAUGGCCCUCUCGCGGUAUGUAUCCCUACGUGUGAUGGAGUGUCGGGCACAGCGCGUGCGAACUGUCGGACGUGAGUGGUAUGUAUCGUCCGCCUGGGUAACCAACCAUCCGUCGAAAGCCCAGGGAUUUCUUGCCACAACCAGGAACCACCGCGGUUUGGUGACGCACGGUGCGCUGCUGUUGUUGUUGUUGCUGCUGAUUGUUCUGUCUAAUUUCUUGCGGAGAGAUGUGCCGAUGUGUGAAGUCUGCUGCUGCAUGAUCUUCUUGUUUCUCUCUCCUUCUGCGUGCCCUUUUUCAUCGGGAAGAUAAAAACGUAGUGAAACAUCUUCAAUUUGUGUUGAGGAGGAGGGAGGCCAGGACAACACGCUCCAGGGCAUCUUGAACACACAAUGUGUUCAUCUAUUCACAGGACCCACUCUUUUUUUUCUCAGCGUUGCCUGCCAAUUUGAUCGCGAACGCACGUACGGUUUUGAUGGCCACCUCCCAUAGAGACGAUUGUCCAUCGGUGAUUUUCGGUCCUGUUGGGGACAAUGCUCCGUCCUCCCGAAGAUGCGUGGUCAAUGGCCUAGUUGCGAAGGCAUGAGAGACGCCCCGUCCUCCGAUACACGAGCCAUGCCCCCGUCAAGUGGGCAUCAGCAGGUGUGCUGCGAUGCCACCCACAAUCAUUCUCGCUGCCUGUAAGAGGUGAAGUGAAGUAGCUUGUUUGUCGAAAAUGGCUUCGGGCAAGGGAGGUGUCGGGACCCACCCGGCGCUUGCCGCUGGUGGCGGUCAAUUGCAGAGGAUAGCUGAGCCGAGAACAAAGAAAUCUGUGGUCUUGGAAAACGAGAUAUGAUGUAGAUCGGAAUUUUGGGGCUUUUGGUUGCUGCGGAGCCUAAUGAUGUGUGAAGAAGCACUAUUUACUAUUGAGAGCAGCGACGGUAAUUAUGAAAGCACAAGGCCUCGGGGUGAGUGUUCAUUGUGUGAUAGCUUGGAGGGGGUGAAUGUCUUUCUUUCGCCGCUUGAUGAAAUGAUUUCGCGAUGAACGCCUGGAAGAAUGAGAGCGAAUGUACGCAUAU